AUGAUUCCCGAGUUUCCCAAUAUUGUCGAUAUCUGGCUCCACGAUAUCCCCAUACGUUUGCCGCGCAUUAACGCUAUCAGCAAGUUGGUCCGACGCUGGUUGCAAGUUAGUCCUAGCUGCCCAGUGCCCAGAUUCAUGCUCAAAGAGGUGCUGGUCUCUGUUGAAUCCGCUGCCAAUCGAAUAAGUCAGGGCCACGGGGAGACUAACAGGCUGGCUGAAGACGUUAAGACUGCAACGUCGCAACAAUUGGUGGUUCCCCUUGACACGCGACCCGAGGAAUUCUCGAAGAUCCUCACUCGGCCGUCCCUGAGAGCCGAAGCCAUUGGUCUCGUGCUGAGCAUGGCUGGCAAUGCAGCAAUCUGCCUGCUUGAAUCGGAUAUAGUAUUUUCUGUCUCAGACAUGCAUGUCCAGCGACGCAGCCAUUACCAUUGCUGA